AUGUCAAAUUUAGAAUCUAGAAAGCAUAUCUCCCCAGACUCGGGCUUUCCGAUCUCCUUGCAUCCGCACUUCAAUCCCAAGAUCAAAGAUCAUGUACCUCUUGAGCCAGUCCGUGAGGAGAGAUUUCCGGAGAAGGACAGGGCAUCCUUCGCCGAUCCUGAGAAGAAAUCCCUCCUUUCAGCAGCGAAGAGACUUGAUUUGACAGAGUCAAUCGGCACAGUCUUAGAAGGUGUGCAGUUGUCACAGCUUUCGGCACAGCAACUGGAUGAACUCGCACUUCUUGUUACUGAGCGCGGGGUUGUCUUCUUUCGGAACCAGGACCUGACAACUGAGGGUCAGGUCAAGCUAUUCGAGCAUUACGGCACUCUCGACCGUCAUCCCGCGCAGAAGAAUGGGAAGUAUGUUGUUAUCAAGGGCAGUCGCGAGGAUCACCGUGAAAUACUCAAGUACACAUCUUGGCCCUCUGGAGACUUCCACGCCGACACGUCCUUUGAGAUCAACCCGCCAUCCUACUCCUUGUUGCGCAUGGAGGAACACCCCAACGUCGGCGGUGACACUGCCUGGGUCUCUCAAUACGGACUUUAUGACGCUCUCAGCGACGCCAUGAAAAAGUUUGUUGACGGACUGCACGCAGUACACACCUCACGGCUACAAUAUGACACAAUCUUGGACCUAUGGGGUACUGGCCCAAACCGCCCUCCCCUUGAUUCACACCAUCCAGCUGUUAGAACCCAUCCAGUCUCCGGUCUCAAGGCGCUGAAUGUCAAUCCAGGCUUUGUAACCGCCUUUGCUGAGCUCAAAAAGUACGAGUCUGACAAACUUUUGGACUUUUUUUCGUACCACAUCCACUCUGCCGACGACCAUGCUGUUCGGUGGAAGUGGGAGGUGGGCAGCGUGGCCAUGUGGGAUAAUAGGUAA